GGGAGGAAGGCAGAGGAGGAGAGUUGGAGGGAGGCUGCCUGCCGUAGGAACAAAAGCUGCAGAGGAUCUCCAUCGCCACUAAAAGAACAACAGAGGUGGAACAGAGGAAGGAGGUGGGGGGCGGUCAUGAUUGUAGUCAGACAAUAACGCAGGAGAAGAAGCAUCCUGUUGUCAUCGAGGACUGAAACCAAGGUCUUGUCUGCUUUCCAUGUUUUUGGGCACCCUCGUCUCCAAAGCCACGGGACGAUGUCCGUAUCGGGGAAGAAGGAAUUUGACAUGAAGCAGAUCCUGAGGCUCCGCUGGCGAUGGUUCAGCCACUCAUCCCAAGGUUCAACCGGAAGCGGCGGCGGCGGCGGCGGCGGGGUGGGAGGUUACAUCCAGCAGGAUGACCACAGAGGGACCCCGGUCCAGGGACGGCUCAAGAGCCACUCGCGAGAAAGAGGACUAAGGAAGUCGAGCAGCCCGGCCCACAGCAUCCUGGCACCCACGCCUGUCUGUGUCAGAGCGGGUCAGCAGUCAUGGCAGCAGCAGCACACCGUGCCGGGCCUGCAGGUCAACGAGGACACCUCCAAGAACGCCUCCUCGCCCGCCACGGCCAGGAAGGAGGACGCCAACACGGGCAAGGAGGACGUGAAGAGCGGCACGGAGGAAACUGCAGAGGCCGAGGCCAGAGAGAGGUUGGCUAUGAACACCUUGACCAGAAUGAACACCAACUCCUCCGACGAAUUCUUCCAGGCCACAAAUCACGCGGAGCAGACUUUCCGAAAGAUGGAGAGCUACCUGCAGCACAAGCAGCUGUGCGACGUCCUCCUCAUCGCGGGCGACCACAAGAUACCGGCUCACAGACUCGUCCUGAGCGCCGUAUCCGACUACUUCGCCGCCAUGUUCACCAACGACGUGAGGGAAGCCAAACAGGAGGAGAUCAAGAUGGAGGGGGUGGAUCCGGACGCCCUCACCUCCCUGGUUCAUUUCGCCUACACCGGCGUCCUUGAGCUGAAAGAGGAGACCAUCGAGAGUUUAUUGGCGGCGGCUUGCCUCCUGCAGCUCUCCCAGGUCAUCCAGGUUUGCUGCAACUUCCUGAUGAAGCAGCUCCACCCGUCCAACUGCCUGGGAAUACGCUCCUUCGCCGACGCCCAGGGCUGCGUGGACCUGCUCAACGUGGCUCACCACUACACCAUGGAGAACUUCCUGGAGGUCAUUCAGAACCAGGAGUUCUUGCUGCUCCCCACUGCCGAGAUUGUUAAGCUGCUGUCCAGCGAUGACAUCAACGUGCCCGACGAGGAGACCAUCUUCCAGGCUCUGAUGAUGUGGGUGAGGUACGACGUCCAGAACCGGCAACAGGAUCUCGGAGUUCUUCUCUCUUACAUCCGGCUGCCUCUUCUUCCUCCACAGCUCAUUGCAGACCUGGAAAACAACAAGAUGUUCUCCGAUGAUCUGGAAUGCCAAAAACUCCUGAUGGAGGCCAUGAAGUACCAUCUUCUGCCUGAACGCCGUCCCAUGUUCCAAAGCCCAAGAACCAAACCCAGAAAGUCCACAGUGGGGGCCCUGUAUGCGGUAGGAGGGAUGGAUGCCACCAAAGGUUCUACCACCAUCGAGAAGUAUGACCUGAGGACCAACACCUGGGUCCCGGUCGGCGUAAUGAACGGACGCCGGCUACAGUUCGGCGUGGCCGUGAUCGACAACAAGUUGUAUGUGGUCGGUGGACGAGAUGGACUCAAGACGUCCAACAUGGUGGAGUGUUAUAAUCCGGUCAACAAGGUGUGGUCCACCAUGCCCCCCAUGUCAACACACCGGCACGGACUUGGUAUCGCGGUGCUGGAGGGCCCCAUGUACGCCGUAGGCGGCCAUGACGGAUGGAGCUAUCUCAACACAGUGGAGCGCUGGGACCCGCAGGCCCGGCAGUGGAACUACGUGGCCAGUAUGUCGACGCCGCGGAGCACCAUGGGAGUCACCGCGCUCAACGGGAAGUUGUUUGCAGUCGGAGGCCGAGACGGCAGCUCCUGCCUGAGGUCCAUGGAGUGCUUCGACCCUCACACCAACAAAUGGAGCAUGUGCGCCUCCAUGAACAAGCGGCGAGGAGGGGUGGGCGUGGCCACGUACAACAACUUCCUGUAUGCCGUGGGAGGACACGACGCCCCCGCCUCCAACCACUGUUCCCGGCUCUCGGAUUGUGUUGAGAGGUACGACCCUAAGACGGACACGUGGACCACGGUGUCCUCCCUCAGCAUUCCUCGGGACGCGGUGGGCAUUUGCCUGCUGGGAGACAGACUGUACGCUGUGGGCGGAUAUGACGGACAAUCCUACCUGAACACCGUUGAGUCAUACGACGCACAGAACAACGACUGGACAGAGGAGGUCCCUCUCAACAUCGGCAGGGCAGGUGCCUGCGUGGUGGUGGUGAAACUGCCUUGAGCGCUUUGUGUCCCACGCCUGCAUGCUACAAACAAACCAAGAGGAGAGGACAAACAAAACAACAAGGACGCGUCCUUUGAGAGACCCUUUGUUUUUUGGUUUCUGUUUUUUUUUUUUUUAUCCCUUCAGCUUUCCCAGAUUUUUGCGAGGAGAAAAACACGAGCGAGGCCUCUCCCCCACCAUUAGCCCACUGGGGAGGACCCGCUCCCAAACUGGAAUGUGCAUUCUUGACAUUCUCAACCGAUCAAGAAUUUUUACAGACUUGGCGAAGCUGCAGCGAAUGCGUGCCAGGAGGGUGAAAUAUGGCUUUGUUAUUCUGCUUUUACACAAUCUCUCUACGUCAAAUGAACCGACAACACCUUUGUACAACAGCGUUUUCCUAGAGGUGCCAUUUCAAACGCUCGUUUUUUGGGCUCAUUUUUCCAUUUCCAGCCACUCAAACAAACACGUCACUGUGAACAAUGACCAGGUGAAAAAUGUAAUCAAGCUUUUUGUUGAAUAACAUGACACAAUGAAAUGUUUCUUACGGAGCUUGUAGCGUGACACAACACCAAAGUCAUCUGCUUAUCGUCGGACGUGUGAAAAAAGGCAUUCGAUGAAGCUUUACAGAAUUGUGAAUUACAAAAGAUAUAUCAUAUUGAUAUGUCACAUCGCUACGUUGGUGUCCAAGCUCAGAUCCUUCCUACGUGCAAUAGAGCAGCGAAUGUAUGAUUGGAUUUUACUGUAGUGGGCUAUAUAAUCAUGUUUACUGUGUGUUCUGUACAUGGCGCCUAGCGCCACGUUAAUGAUUGUCGCAUAUUAUCCACCGUUAUCGUGUACAACAUCCAACCAUGUGGUCACUCAUGGAAGUUUCCAUUACAGUUUUUGAUAUAUUCUGCUCAUAAAUGUAUCUUAACAACAAUCUGUCAUCUUUUUGCAGUGGAAUCAUCUUUUUGUCCAGCACAGGGGUGUCCAAAGUGCAGCCCUGGGGCCAUUAUGAAAAUUACAUUAAGCAAGAUUAAGAAGAAAGUUGCAAUAUUUGGGAGAAAAAACUGCAAAAAUGAAGGGAAAUGGGCAAAGAGCAAAGCUGGUAUUAAUAUUAGGCUUAACAUUCUACAUUUAGCUUAGCAUUUCUACAUGUUGGAUUACAGUUGAUCCAGUGGGCACUUAGAUCCUUUCAUGCGUCACUGUGUGGCCCUCCCUGGAUGGUUUGGACACCCCUGGUAUGUUAGCCCCGAGAUAAAAUGCUCCGUUUGAAGAGCAGGGUGUUAUUCUUUAAGCUACCAUUCCAGCAAUGUUCCUCACACUUUUUUACUUUAUCAAACGUGAGCUUCUCAUCAGAAGACUGAAGACCCAACUGCUCCUGCUUAUCUUUGCCCCCCCCCCCCCCAUCAUUAUUUGCCCUCCAAAUGGAUUUCAGAGCUCCUCUGCAAACAACCUUCUGGAGAUUGUUGGAAAUGGAUUUUGCAUACAAAAUACUUGACUCGUGUCAACAAAGAAUAUGUAAAUGUUUUAUAAAACACACAAGAGAAGACAGCUCAUUGUCACAAACCACGGCUCCACUGCUGUCUAUCAUUUCUAUCGAUUAUCAUUGUCAUAUCGCACAAGAGGAUGAUUAUAAAUGUUCACCUGACGUUACCUUGUCUGUGUUUUUCAGUCCAAUGAGUUGAGAAGAUACAGGUCCCAGAUACAGUAUGUCCCGUGUGGGAUGACUUCUUCGGAGCUCAGCCCUAGAGAUUGUUUUCCCUCAAAAUCUCAUUUCAAUUUUCAUGUGCAUUGGUGCAAUUACUUCAUUGUACAUCAUAUAAUCAUGCUUUUCUAACACUGUAUACAAGGAAAAUAAAACCAUCCUUGGUGUCCCCGAGUACCACUAGAUGGAGCCCACGUCCCACCACUGGUACUGGUACCACAGUUUGAGAAUCGAUGCCCUGGACCACAAUCACAUUGAAGCUCAUUUUAG